AUGAAGCUUCUUAGUCAAUCCUUUGAAAAGGAUAAAAGUGGAUCUACCACAUUAAUUCCACAGGAUAAAGAAGACUUAUGGCAACUAUACAACUUGAUUCAAAAGGGUGAUGAGAUAAAGUUACCAACUCAUAGAAACGUGAAAAAGACGACCAGUGGCGGUGGAGGAGGCAAAGACAAAGGGAAGGCAGAUAGAAAGCUACUUACUUUGAAGAUGUCAGUAGAAGAUAUUGAAUAUAUGCCUUCUGAUGAAGUAAUGAGAAUAAGAGGAAGAACCGUGGAACCUAAUGAAUUUGUCCCAAUUCAAAGUUAUCAUACAGCUGAAGUGCAAUUAGGCAAGCAAUUCACACUUAUUAAACCUGAUUGGGAUGAGAUAAGUUAUGGAAUUAUUGUAAGUGCCUGUUCAAUCGAAGAAAAAGCUGAAGUUGGUGCAGUUAUCAUGGAAGAGGGAGUUGCACACUUAUGCCUUGUUACAGACAACAUGACUGUUUUGAGAAACAAAAUAGAGAAGUCAAUUCCACGUAAAAGAAGAGGAGAAGGAGGAGGUGGUAACAUGAUAAAGCCUUAG